CAAAAAGUCCUAGCAAGUUCAAAGUUCUCAACUCUCUGGAGGAUGGAUGCAGAAGAAGGUGAAAAUGGCCUGGACAACAAAAUGCUUUAUGAGCUAAACAAUAUUCAUGCCUGGGAGCAAUGUAUAACAGAAAAAAAGCCCUUUUUAAAAGACGUUGUUACAUCCUCUUGUCAGCAGGCUUAUCAGAAAGUUUGUGAUUCUCCUGUCUCAUCAUUUUUACAGUGCAAUCCAAAUCCAACUAUUUCUCAUGAUGGGGAAUAUGUUGCCCUGGUUGCUAACUCUACAAUUGAAAUCAGAGACAAACAGAGUACCUUCUCUCUCUUGGCGGAGAUAAAUGUUGAUAUCCAGGCAGAAUCUAAUAUAAAGUGGUCAUCUAAUAGUAACCACCUUGGGGUCUGCACCAAGGGAAAUGAAAUCUGUGUGUAUGAUGUGCAAGGAAAUACAAUUCAUACUUGCAGCAUGAUCAUAGGCAGCCAAAUAUCUACAUUUGAUUUCUUGUUAGAUGAAGGACUCAAUUUUCUUGUUUUAUCUGAUGAUGGUUUACUAUUAUCUCAUUGCACUUCUGAAAAACAGUGGUUUAACUUUGAAUUUCGUGAUUCUGUUCUUGAAAUGAUGCGCCUCUCGGGCAGUGGCAGGAUCAUCACCACACACUUAGAGUCAAAUGGAUAUGUUAUAAGGAGUUGGAAUACAUGCCUUGAUAAAGAAAGCCAGUAUCUCCAAUUGUUCAACAGAUUUACACAUGUACAGAAGCAGUGGCAGUUAGGUGGCAUAGUGAAAAACAACAGAUAUACAUUCUGCAGACUAGAAAAGUCAACCGAAAAAUAUAUUGUGGUUCUUAACAACAGUAAUAGGGUUAUUUCGAUACAUUAUCUUCCAUCUCUGUCCAUCGCCAAGAUGUUUCCUUACUCAAAGGUUACAGAUUUAGGGUCACAUGAAACAAUUGUCGAUGCUGGAUGGUGGUCUGAAGAUAUAAUUGCUAUGUUAUCAUCAACUGGAAAAUUCAUCCUCAUUUCCUUCAAAACAAUGGACAUAAUUGAGGCAGAAAACUUCCAAAUACCCUCUAUUUUCAUUCCAUCUCCGAUCAAAUCCAUUUUCGUUCUCGAGCAAUCAGGAGAAGCGUUGAGGUCAGACAUACUGAAAUCAAUGAAACAGCUAGUGAAUUGGUCGGAAGAUGAGUCCCAUGAGGUGAACGUGAACUACAAGUUGUACCAGCUCCUACAGACAUCACCCUCCAUCCUCUUCUACCAGAAGAUAGUUAAUAAAGAAUAUGGAGAAGCAAUCUUGUUGGCCAACAAGUUUGGGCUGGACAAGAAUGAAGUCUACAAAGCUCAGUGGAGCAUGAGUAACAGUCACAUCUCUGCCAUAAACGAUUUUCUGUACAAGAUUACCGAUUAUGGUUGGGUUCUUGAUGAAAUAGAAGUAUUUGUUCCGAGUACUCCUGAGUUUGCAUCUCUCCUUCUUGAACAUGGACUAAAUAUCAUUGAAGAGUUGAAAACACCGCCUGAGGAGAAUGAAAAAAGCGGAAAAAAUGAAGCUGAGGACGAUCUUCCCCAACUUAUAUCUUCUGUAGCACCGAAAAAAGAAAACAAGAGUCUCGAUAUUGAUAUAGAGAGUAAAUUAACGUUCCUCUUAAACGCUAAAGUUAUUCUAGCUCUGUACUCAGAGAUUCUUGAAAGGGAAAUACCAAAUGAGUUGGAGUUCGACGGAGAGAUGUUCAAGGUUAUGUGCUCCCUUUCUCUGGUUCAGAUAGGAAUUCUCUUUGCUAAGAGGGGCACUUGGACUGCUCUGGAUAUUCUGAUGACCAAGACAAAGACUCGUCCUCUGGUAGAGCCCUAUUGGUUGGUGAUGUUAUCUUAUCUUCCGGAAACUUUGGACCCUGUUAUAUUUGCUGAUAUUCUACCUGAAUUUGUCUCCAAACCUUCCUUAAGUUGCUCGGUGGACCUUGAAGCUUGUUUAUCAGACUGGUUUGACACUGAGAAGAUCUCACAAGAUAGCGAGGGAGAGUUCGGGGAUACUGAGGUCGGAUACUGGGACGAGGAGGAUAUUGACGGGAUAGACUUGGACAUAUCCACUCUGUCUUGCACCAAGACCCCUGAUGAUCUGGAGAUAUCCUCGGCCCUGGCCCCUCUAGUAGGCACCAUGACUCCGCACUCUGUGUACCAGUGGUAUACAUCCCGUGCUAAUCAGAUCCUAUCUGAGUCUUGUCUGUUUGAUAAUGCCGUGUCACUGCUGGAACUGGGAGUGGAGAGACUGGUACCGCUGAAACUUAAUCUGGUUGUUAUAAAGCUUAUUGAGUCUGCUGUUUGCAGACUUAAGUUCCAGAGCGUAACGUUUGAUUCUAUCCUCUCUGUCCCCUUCCCCGAACUCCUCUCUUCUCUUUUGGCAAACUGCCAACCUGAAGAUAAGAUAGGAAACAUUGUGGACGUGUAUCUUCCCUUUAUCCAAGAUAUGGAGGAGAUGGUAUCGGAGAGAGUGGAAGUGAAGAGUAUAGUUCAGAAAUAUGUUGUAAAGAUAUGCCGUGAUAGUUUGCUCCCACUGCUUCAAGUGCUUCAAUCACAUGAAUUUAACGGUAUCAUACAAAAAGAGGAGGAAGUCCAUUUUACGGAGCAAUGUCUGGCUAACUGCCAGCAGCAAAAGAGUUGGUUGUCAAUUGCUAAGGAGGUUGUGGAGUUACUCAACAACAGUGAACUGCAACUGAAACUGGAAUACAGUGAACAGGUUAUGAAACAUCUGGGAGUUCUCCCUCCGGCACAACUCUUCAACUCGUUCGAGGACGAGAACCUGUGUAAGGAUCUCAUGCAAAGACUGCUAAAGGAAUCAUUCAAAAACAAGGAUACUGAAACUGUGGAGUUCAUCAAGAAAAUUGUUGAUAAGAAAUUGGUUGUUUUCGAUUUUUGUUUCAAGCUUGUGUUUGAACAAUGUCUGGAGACUGGAGAUCUAGAUAUCCUCCGUGUUGUAUCUAGAUACAGGGAGGAGUACCUGGAGGAUAAUUGCUGGGCUAAUCUGUCACAAAAGUACGCUGAAUUGUACCUCCAGGCUGCAACCGACAUCAACCAUACUUACAUUGAUCUAGUCAGGUUUCUGUUAAAGUCAUCGAUAAUAUCUCCCGUUCUAUCUGUGAUCCAGAACAAAAUGCACAUCCUGGAAGAUAUGCGGAAACUUGGAGUGUUGCUGAGACCAGGACAGUUGGACAAAGAGAACAAGCAGGAGCUCUUGUGGAUAUGUAUAUCUAACAGCAGCAACAACUACCGACAGGAGGAGCUGCUGAUGUCCUUGUCAGAUAAGUUGGGUGUCAGCAAAUGUUACACUUACACCAGAGUAGGAGAAAUAGCUUAUCAGAACGCUGGCACUGGCUCCUGGAACUACUGCACUCAGAUCUGCAGUAAAGCUAUCAAUGCAGGUUGUGAAGAAAUAGUGCCACUCUGCGUGAAACUACUGAAGAACCCUGACUUCCCUGACACGCAAUUCAAAGAAAUUCUCUUCCACUUCGCCAUAAAGCACGUGCCCACCUCCCAGAUAGACGAACUACUGGACAUGUACCACAGACUACCCGGCUACGUGGAGUCUAAGAAGAGGAAGGCGGAGGAGGUGGGGAUUGGUCAGGAGGGGGUCACGUGCAUCAAGGUUCAGAGGAUCACCUCUUACAAUGAAGUUAUGGAUCUGGAAGAGAAGAUAAGCAACGAGGACAAGUUAGAGGAGCUGUAUUACUGGUUACUUGGCAGAUCCUUAUCUUGCACCAACUCUCACAUUGAUAAGAUAUCUUCCUUAGAUCACGUCAUUAACUCGGCUCUUAUGGAACCUUCCUCUGAUAUCAAGAUAAUAUCCAGCAAGAUCAGCGAUAUCUUACAAGGAAACAUCCUGAAGGAGAUGCAGGGCAAUAUAAACGUACCACGGUUCACAUACGACAAGUCCUACAGACGUGACGUCAUCAUGAACCUAGCUGAACAAGAAACAUGUGACCUGGCCGUGUCCCUGGGUACCAAAUACAACAUGGACAUCUGGGAGAUCCACUUCAAACACUACCAGCACCUGCUCCUAAACGAGAUGCAGGUUUCAGAGCCUGUAAGUAAAGUGUUGUUAUCAGAUGAUGACAGGUUUAAAGAGAAAUGUGGCAGAGACCUGUACCCUCUCCUCGGUGGAACAAAGUACAACACCCUGGUUACUUACUACACCUUACUGGAUGAUAGCACUAAUCUCAGGGCUGUGAACAAGAUACGAGCUGCUAUUCCUGGGCUGGAUUAUAAAGUAUUUCUAGCUGCUGAGUCUCCGCAGUCUCAGCUGGAUCUUCUUAAACCUCUCCUUAAAGGUGGUAAUGUUCAUGUUAUAGGGAAGAUAGGACCUAAUGUACACUCCUCUCUGACUAAAAGUGCAGUGUUCUACUGCUACGCUCACAAAUACUUCUUUAACGGGGAGGGUAAAACAGUGACGUCACACUCGGACAGAUGGAAUAAAGUGAGGGACAUGUUACAGUUUCUGGAUCAAACUGCUCUUGAUAGACUGGUAACUGAAAUCUGCCUCUCUUCCGAUUACAGCAUUGGAAUGGAACUCCGACUACAGAUUUGUAAAGGUCACCCUGAUAUCCACCAAUUUUUGGAGAAUUUCUCGGUUGAACUGUUUGAGAAAUACAAAGACACGUAUUUCCAGAGUUACCUGAAGUCGUAUGAGAAUGUAGAGGUGUUGGAUGUGCUGCUGAUAGCAAUGUGGUUAGAUGGGGUGGCGUGUGUUGAUGCGGAGGGUUUGUUGAAAGUCAGAGAACCCGUGCUGGGAGUUGAGGAGUUUGCUGAUAAGACGAUUGAGUUCUUGUUGGAGGGAAGGAAGGUUCCUGAAAUUAUUGUGCUGCAGGAGGAGAUUCAGAAUCUCAUUCAGAUCGAAGAAAGGGAGUUAUUUGAGACCCUCAUUAAAAACUCACACUACGUCGUACCACAAAAGAGUGUUAUAGAGAAACUUAAAGCAGUUUGCAGUGCUACAAACCUCCGUGAGGGUGUUCUCGAGAACAUAAUCUGGGCACUGGAGAAGUACCUGACAACUGAAGACGACACAGAACUGCUGGUCUUUUUCAAAACAAAGCCUCUAGUUAACCAGUACUGGCCAGGGACGGACAUACAGCCCAGCUGUGUGCUGAGUGAUGAGUUUUACUCGGCCCUGUGUGAACCUGUCAGAGAGUUAGCCAGGUGUGGAGUGUUGUUUGAGCUUGUUAAACUGUGGAGUGCUGUAGAGGUCAGGGAGGUUUGGGUUCAGCAACUUCUCCAGACUAUCGCAAAGUUGCCUAGUGUAGUUACAGCAGAGCACACCCCAGAAAUCAGUGAACUGUUGCUGGCUAUAAUCCAGUCUCAAACCUCUGACAACCUAUUUGAGGAUACUAUCCUAUCCUGUUCCAAACUCUUCCCUACUCCACUAUCUCAUAUCCUGAUACUAUCUUCUAGUUAUGACGACCUCGUCUUUGAUGUUAUCCCUGAUAUUGUACUAACUGAUCUAGAAAACAAGACUUUGUUAAGCCUCGUUAUUGAAAAGGAAGUUUACCUUCAAUUAGUAAAUACUGACUUGUAUCCGCUCAUAGCAAAGGAGUUGACCAAAGAAGGCCGAACGUUAGAUUUUGUGAGAGAUGCAGCUUCGAAACUGAAAGAUGCUGGAAAUGUUGUGGAAGGAUUAAGUUUAAUGGCCCAGUAUACCAAAUCUAACUAUAGUACCUAUCUAUCUUACAAAAGUUUUAUGUCUUGGCGAUAACUAUUUUUUUGGAUUUUUGAAUGUUAGAUAAUUUGAAUGUUUGAUUGUUUGUGUUAGGUUGUAAUUCUAAUAUUUUUGUAUAAAAUGAUUUGUGCGAUGGGGUUGUUAAUGAAUAAAUUAUCUUUUUUCUGAACCA